AUGCAAAUCAAAUUCUUAGCAACGUUGGCUGCUAGUUUAGCUACUGCCCAAGCCAUUGGAGGUGUAUGUUGUUGCUUCUUUUUCCUUUUUUUUUGCUGCACAUUGAAUCGUCUACUAACAACAGUCACAGCUUGCCUUCAACUUGGGUGUCAAGGAUAAUGCAGGAAACUGCAAAACCGUCCAGGAGUUUGAGUCCGACUUGGAGUUACUCAAGGGAACAACAAACAUCAUCAAGACUUAUGCGGUUUCCGAUUGCAACACCUUGCAAAACUUGGGCCCGGCUGCAGAGGCGGAAGGUUUCCAAAUCAUGUUGGGCAUAUGGCCAAACGACGACGCCCACUUCCAAGCCGAGAAAAACGCGUUGCAGCAGUUUUUGCCGCAAAUUUCAACGGCAACAAUCAAAACCUUUCUUGUGGGCUCGGAAGCUCUAUACAGAAACGACUUGACCGCUACCCAGUUGGCCAGCAAAAUCGACGAAAUCAAGUCCUUGGUUUCCAACAUCAAAGACAAAAACGGAAACUCCUAUGGUGCAAUCCCAGUGGGCACGGUUGACUCUUGGAAUGUUCUCGUUGACGGCGGUUCAAAACCAGCUAUCCAAGAAGCCGAUGUUGUCUACGCCAACGCCUUUUCAUACUGGCAGGGACAAACUAACCAAAAUGCAUCUUAUUCCUUCUUUGACGACAUUAUGCAAGCAUUGCAAACCAUCCAGGGUAUCAAAGGAACAACCGAUAUCGACUUUUGGGUUGGCGAAACCGGCUGGCCCACUGGUGGUGAAAACUUUGAAGCCUCGGUGCCAAGUGUCGAAAAUGCCAAAAACUUUUGGCAAAAUGCCAUUUGUGCCAUGAGAGCCUGGGGCGUCAAUGUUGCUGUUUUCGAAGCCAUUGAUGAAGCUUGGAAACCAGACUCUUCAGGUAUUGGCGGUGUUGAAAAGCACUGGGGUGUUUGGGAUGCCAACUCAAACUUGAAGUACCCAAUCAACUGUCAAUUCGAUUAG